AUGUCCUAUCCUCAGUUUGGCUACCCUUACUCCUCUGCACCCCAGUUCCUGAUGAGCACCAACUCCCUGACGACGUGCUGCGAGUCCAGCGGUCGGACCCUGGCUGAGACAGGGGCGGCCGCCUCCGCCCAGACCCCUGUGUACUGCCCGGUGUACGAGAGCCGCCUGCUCGCCACCGCGCGCCACGAGCUCAACUCCGCCGCCGCCCUGGGGGUCUACGGCGGGCCCUACGCCGGGCCCCAGGGCUAUGGAAACUACGUGACCUACGGCACCGAGGCUCCCGCCUUCUACUCCUUGAACAGUUUGGAUGCGAAGGACGGGAGCGGGUCUGCGCAUGCGGGAAUCGCGCCGGCGACUGCCUACUAUCCCUACGAUCACACCCUCAGCCAGUACCAGUACGACAGGUACGGGACGAUGGACGGCGGAACGCGGAGAAAAAACGCCACCCGGGAGACGACCAGCACGCUGAAGGCCUGGCUGCAGGAGCACCGCAAGAACCCCUACCCCACCAAGGGCGAGAAGAUCAUGCUGGCCAUCAUCACCAAGAUGACCCUCACCCAGGUGUCCACCUGGUUCGCCAACGCCCGCCGGCGGCUCAAGAAGGAGAAUAAGAUGACCUGGCCCCCGCGGAACAAGUGCUCUGACGAGAAGCGGCCCUACGAGGAAGAGGAGGAGGAGGAGGAGGAGGGUUCGCAGGAAGAGGCGAUGAAGAGCGGAAAAGCCGAGGAGCCCACGGGCAAGGAAGAGAAGGAGCUGGAGCUCAGCGACCUGGAGGACUUGGACGCCGCCGAGUCGGAGAGCUCGGAGUGCGAGCUGAGGCGGCCUUUCCCGCACCCGCUCCCGCACCCGCUCCCGCACCCCGGCAGCCACCCGCCGAGGGCCGCCGAGCCUCCCGCCAAGAUGCCGCCUCCGGCUGCCGCCGGGGACGAGGAGGAGGAGGCGGCGGCGGCGGCAGAGCGGGCGCGGAGCUGCCUGAAGACGGCGGCGGAGGAGUGCGGCCCCGACCCGCUGGGCGCCCGGCAGCGCGGCUGCGAGUCCAAGAUAUGCUUCCAGCAGGGGCAGCAGCUGCUGGAGGCGAAGCCCCGGAUUUGGUCCCUGGCGCACACCGCCACCUCCCUCAACCAGGCCGAGUACCCCUCCUGCAUGCUGAAACGGCCCGGGGGCUCGGCCGCCGCCGCCGCUCCCGGCUCAGUCAGCGUCAUCGACAGACACCAGGAUUCGCCGGUCACCAACCUCAGGAACUGGGUGGACGGGGUGUUUCACGACCCCCUGUUCAGGCACAGUACUUUGAACCAAGCCCUGAGCAACACGACAGUUUCCUGGGCUACCACCAAAGGAGCCAUUCUGGAAACGGGCGCCCUGGGACGCGCGGUGGGGAACGGCGCCAAUGUGCUCAAGGGGCAGCUCUCAAACCUGGCCCAUCAUGACUCAAACAAAGAGUUUCUGGCGUUUCCCAAAUCAGGAAGCAAAAUGUUUUGUUCCUAACAGGCCUGCCGAGGGGCGAAGGACUUUCUAACGCUUGAAGAGUCAUCUACACUGAAAAGAGACUUGCAAGAAUUUAAAUUUAAAUAUAAAACUUUUUCUUCUUCCUUUUUUUAAAACAAACAACAGAAACGAGGAUUUAAAGUUCAGUUUGCUCAGUUCAGCGAACAGACUUUGCUCAUUGCAAUUCUGAAGAUUUUCUCCUGGCUGCGACUUUAAGGGAUCAAUGUCGUGAAAGUUAUUUAAUUUCCAUGUCCAAAAAGCACGUACUAUAGCGUAGACCUACUUAUAAAGUUUACAUCUGAAAGUUUACAAACGGGAAAUUUUAAUUCAGAUUUAAUUUAAGGCAUGCCGAUAUUAGUUAUAAAGACUUUUCGAGAGUUUUUCCUCCUGAUUUCCCUGUUAGCAUAUAAUUCACAAACAGCACUUCUACUAAGUUUACACCUACUGCACAAAUUUAUCUUGAUAAAAAAAAGGAAUAUGUUAAAAGGUAUGCUCACUCCAAUAAAUUGUCUGUUUCAGAGGUAA